CUUCUCUUUCCCUGAUGGGGUUUUAAUAUGUGUAUGUAUUUGGGUCCCCAUUGGUAGAUAUGUGAAAGAGACAAAUAAUAGGCCACCCAUAUCUUCAUUCCUCUCUUCACACUCCCAUCACCCAUACAUCUGCAUGUUCUGCAGUUGAAACAGUUGAAUCCUUCCAAAAUCUGCAUUUAUUGCUCAUUUUUUCCCCCUCCCACAAUUAAGUAUAAAUUCUGCCAUUGCCAAUUGCCAGAUCUUGAAUCCCUCCAAGAAAUCAAUAAUCUUUCAGCUUCUGCAAUAACCCUAGCUAGUAUAAUGUCCAUCAUUUCCCAUCUUCUUGUAGUUGUUUUCCUGUCAUUCCUUUUCUGCCAUGGCUCAAGUGCUAGGUGUUUUGGCCUCAUCAACAAUCAACUUCCAAAGAGAUUGCAUCUUCUCAGCAAGCAGACCAUGACAGAAGAGAAGCUGAAACAUUAUAGGGCUUCCACUUCAUCAGUGCCGGAAGAAGAAUCCAUUAAAAUCAGCGAUAAGAAACAUGAGGAAAAAGCAAGAAAAGAAGCCCAUCAUCAUCAUGAUCAUGAGAAGAAGAAGAAGAUGGGUAAUAAAAAUGGCGAAAAAGAUGGUGCAGUUUCUUCUUCUGUGACAUGGAAGGUUAGAGAGAAGAAGAGGGGAGAACCACAGGCAGAGUUCAAUUUGGAUUAUUUACCGGCAAGAACACACCCUCCUGUCCACAACUGAGAGUGAUGAUGAGAUCAUGCGAGCAUAUAUGUCGGUCUUAUGUAAUGCUGGUAAUUAAUGUCUUUAAUUACGUAAUUAGGAUUUAACACUGAUGAUCAACGAGGAAAUUACCUAGUACCACUGGGUCGGCCUGGAUCUUCCUA